AUGCAGAGAGGCGGAAAUGGUCCCGGUUUUCGAGGUUUCAGGCCAACACAUCGCGGAAGAGGAGGACCGAGACGUGGCAACGGCGGUCGGAAUCAAGGUUUCCGGCCAGAAUUAGGAGAAAAUCGUGAUCGGGCGAACAGCCCAGAUAGAAGAUCAGGUCGAAGCGAAGAACGAUACGGAGGUCCUCCUCCUCCUCCUCCUAAUUUCAAUAACUACCGCGUAGCCGAUAGACCACAGAGUCGAAGUCCGUCUCCGCCACGCAAUCGUAAUCAACGUGGUUUCGAUGGCCGUCCGAAUCAUGAUGUCCGCGAUCGGGAAGACCGCCGAGAGCGAGAGCGACGUCGUCAUUCACCACCACCACAACACGCACCACCACCACAAAACUACCGACGUGAUGAUCGUGGUGGUUACGAAAGACCGGAGUCGAGAAAUUCGGAAAUUAUGCAGCACGAUAGCAUUAGGAACUCGUCAUUGGAACGAAAUCGGCCAGCGGCGCUGAAACCGACGGAUAAGGAGACUGCGGGAUAUUGGAAACUGAAAUUAGCGGACGCAGAUGAGAAGGUUAGACGUGCAGAAUACGAGUUACACAGAGCAAAGUUGAAUCAAGAUAUUGUUCGUGACGCGUAUCGCGAGUACACUGAAACCACUGUGCCACAAGAGCUCCUCAACCCCAAACCAACAUGGUGA